AUGGUAGCCCUAUCAAUGGCAGACGGAAUGGCACGGCUCACGAACAAACCACAGUGUGUCAUUGUUCACGUUGAUGUUGGAACUCAAGGGCUAGGGGCAGCAGUUCACAAUGCGUCGUGUGGGCGAGCACCAGUCCUCAUAUUUGCAGGUCUAUCUCCUUUCACAUUCGAAGGCGAAUAUCGAGGCUCUCGUACCGAAUACAUACACUGGAUUCAGGACGUUCCUGAUCAAAAGCAAAUUGUUGCCCAAUACUGUCGAUAUGUUGGUGAGAUAAAAGGUGGACGCAAUGUAAAGCAGAUUGUUAACCGAGCCCUGCAAUUUGCUACCAGCGAUCCGAAGGGACCUGUUUAUUUAUACGGCACCCGCGAAGCAAUGGAAGAGGAUAUCCAACCUUACCAACUCAAUCAAGAACUAUGGCAAGCAGUUGAACCUACGGCAUUGCCCCGAGACGCGGUGGAAUUAAUUUCAAAUGAAUUUGUCAACGCUAAAGAACCUCUACUCAUUGUAGGGUAUACUGGUCGGAAUGUCGAAGCGGUAAAGGCGACAAUUGCUCUAGCCGACAGAAUCCCCUUACGUGUCUUGGACACUGGAGGAUCCGACAUGUGUUUUCCUUCAAAUCAUCCUGCAGCCCUUGGUCUAAGAUACGGAUCGGACCCAGCGAUUACCACGGCGGAUUAUAUCCUUGUGGUCGACUGUGACGUUCCCUGGAUCCCAACACAAUGCAAUCCUCGGCGUGGCACCAAGGUCGUUCACAUCGACAUUGAUCCAUUGAAACAGCAGAUGCCAGUUCAUUAUCUGCCUGCUACUCGACGGUAUAAAGCUGAUUCCACGAUUUCUCUGACACAAAUCAACGAUUAUUUAGAUUCUAGCCCUCAACUUCUAGCGACCUUAUCCGACGAUGUUCACCGAGCUUUAUUUGACACAAGAAAAGCCUCCCAUACCGAACGAUCGGCCAAAUUCAGAGACUUGGCCAAGCUACCUACAGACCUACACCGAGCUAUCGAUCCCUCUAUACUCGGGGGCCAAAUAAAGAAUGCUGUCCCAGAGGAUACUAUCUUUGCUGUUGAAGCAGUUACUCUCAGCAUGCCUAUCUCCGAUCAAAUCGCUGCAACUCUACCCAAGUCUUGGAUUAACUGUGGCGGCGGUGGACUAGGCUGGUCCGGUGGAGGUGCGUUAGGCAUCAAACUCGCAUCGGAUUUCGAACAUCGCGACAUACAGGCCGGAGACCUAGCUGGGACUAAUAAAGGAAAGUUUGUGUGCUGUAUUGUCGGAGACGGUACUUUUCUAUUCUCCGUCCCUAGUUCCGUGUACUGGAUCGCCCAGCGAUAUAACAUUCCGACUUUGACCGUCGUCCUGAACAACAAGGGAUGGAACGCACCCCGACGAUCGAUGCUACUGGUUCAUCCGGAUGGAGAGGGAAGCAAAGUAGACAAUAAAACCCUAAACAUAUCUCUCGAUCCUACUCCUGACUUCCCGGGGAUCGCGAAUGCAGCCACAGGCGGACAUGCGUGGACGGGUACUGUGAGUACCGUGGCCGAGUUGGUACAUCAGUUACCACGAGCUGUCGAUGCCGUCAAAGGAGGUAUUUGUGCGGUACUCGAAGUGAAGCUCGGAGAAUCGUAA